AAAUGCAAUAUUAAGAUUUUCAAAUGAUUAUCAAGAAUAAUAAUAUCUUUAAUUUACAUUAGUCAUUUAAUAAGUUCUUGAUAAGAAUCGUUUUUAAUGGAACUAACAGAGUUGAUGUAACUGCCUAAUCAUAAUUACUUACUGUUUCUUUUAUUAUCGAGCGAAUUGUCGUGGACUCUUGACCUUAUCUGUGACGUAACGAUAAUUUAUAAUUCAAUUCAACGUGCAGCUGAAUAAACGUGUCGUUAAUAAAUAGUUAAUUAAAAUGUCCGACACCGUUGCUCAUAAAGUGACUAAGACUAUUGUCACCUCUCCUGAAAUAUAUAAACCAGUUGGACCUUACAGCCAAGCCAUACUGACAGGACACACGCUGUACAUCUCCGGCGUGUUGGGGCUUGACCAGCAGGCGCAGUUGGUUUGCGGCGGCGCCGAGGCGGAGGCGCGACAAGUGCUGAACAACAUGAAGCACGUCCUGGAGGCUGGAGGCUCCUCGCUCGCUGCCGUCGUCAAGACCACCAUCCUCCUUCGCGACAUGGAUGACUUUCAAGUUGUCAAUCAAGUGUAUGCAGAAUAUUUCCCAAGAGACUGUCCUGCGAGGGCCACUUACCAGGUAGCUAAGCUACCCCUUGGAGCUGCAGUCGAAAUUGAAGCUAUAGCACUGAGUGGCGAUCUGGUCAUCGCUGAAGCCGGACCCUGUCCUUGUUCCAAAGUUUAAUUGUAAUUGUUAAUGUUAGACCAAACAAGGUCUUUAGACAUUGAUUUACAAGAACGUCAUGGAAAAUGCUGAUAAUAUUUUUAUCCAAAUUCAGUUUGUUGAUUUGCUUGUAUUAAUGUUUUUGUUGUUUUAAUAAAACUUUAUAGAAUAUG